UCCUUUCAUGGUGGCCGACUGACCGCAUUUGCUAAUGGGAUAUAAGGCAGCGCCCUCUGCCCAACUUCAGUGACUUUUAUGGUGGGCCUCGUCAGCAGGCCUCACCAUUCAUCAAUGGCGCCCUUGGCAGGAGCUGAGGGACAGUGGCAGCCAUGCCUCCCCCUGCUCCAGCUACUCCUUCCACCUUCUGCUAACCUGGAUGUUGUGGGUACCCUGGCGACCCCCAGAGGACUGAUCGUCGUCUGAGCCAGCUUCCAUCCAAGCACUGAGUUCCUCAAGAUGUGGCUGGAGGGGCUGGUGGCCUGGAGCUGGUCUCUGGAUGGCCUGAGGGACUGUAUUGCCACCGGCAUCCAGUCUGUACGGGACUGUGACAGAACAGCCGUUGUCACUGUGGUCUGCCUGCUGGUCAUGUUUGUGUGGUACUGUUACCAUGUGGGCCGAGAACAGCCCCGACCCCAUGUGUCCGUCAACUCCCUCCUGCAGGGAGUGGAUGCCAAUGGGCUACAGAAUGGGUCCAUGUACUGCCAGUCACCCGAGUGUGUGCGCUGCAUGCACCACGAUGGUCUCAACCAGAAGCUUUACCACAACCUGCAGGAAUAUGCCAAGCGGUACUCAUGGUCCGGUAUGGGCCGCAUCCACAAGGGCAUCCGGGAGCAGGGCCGCUACCUCAGCAGCCAGCCCUCCAUCCAGAAGCCCGAGGUCUUCUUCCUGCCUGAUCUCCCCACUACGCCCUACUUCUCCCGGGACGCCCAGAAGCACGAUGUGGAGCUGUUGGAGCGGAACUUCCAGGCCAUCCUCUGCGAGUUUGAGACACUCUACAAGGCCUUCUCUAAUUGUAGCCUCCCACAGGGGUGGAAAGUGAACAAUACCCCCAGCGGGGAGUGGUUCACCUUUGACUUUGUCAACCAGGGCGUUUGUGUCCCCAGGAACUGCAGGAAGUGCCCACGGACGUACCGCUUGCUCGGCAGCCUCCGGACCUGUAUCGGAAACAAUGUUUUCGGGAAUGCCUGCAUCUCGGUGCUGAGUCCUGGGACUGUGAUCACGGAGCACUAUGGACCCACCAACAUCCGCAUCCGGUGCCACCUAGGUCUGAAGACUCCCAAUGGCUGUGAGCUGGUGGUGGGGGGUGAGCCCCAGUGCUGGGCAGAAGGUCGCUGCCUGCUCUUCGACGACUCCUUCCUGCACACUGCAUUCCAUGAAGGUUCCGCUGAGGAUGGCCCACGGGCGGUCUUCAUGGUGGACCUCUGGCACCCCAACGUGGCAGCUGCCGAACGGCAGGCCCUGGAUUUCAUCUUUGCUCCAGGACGAUGAGGACGUUGCCUGGGCUGGAGCCAGCCUGAGUGGGGCCCAGGUGGACUGUGGGACAGCCCAGUCCUUGCCGUGGUCCAUACUGGAAGCGUGAGUGGCCUCCUGUCCCCAUGGGAGCCCUCUUUCCUUUGGUUACUGGGAACUUCUUAGG